AUGUCGAAAAAUAGUAUUAAAAUUCGUCUUCAAGAAUUACUCGAUAAUGAAUUAUCAUUAUCGCAUGAUAAAAAACAUGUUAUUUCAGCAUAUGAUACAUUAAUUAAUAUUCUUCAAACACCUGAAAUUCAUAAACAUUUAUCGAAACAAUCUGAAUUACUUUUCAAAUGUAUAUCUCAAAUAAUUCUGACAUCAUUUAAUCAAUAUUUUCAUGAUGAUCAAUUACGUAUUUUACUAGAGUUAACAUUGAAAACAAAUAUUUUAUCAAUCACACAAAAUCAAAUUAUUAGUAAUUGGUUACAAAAUAUUGAAGAACGUAUAUUUGAAAUAUCUGAUAGUGAUGAUGAUGUAACUGAAAGUGAAGAAGAUGAAAAAAUUACAAGAAUUAAAAUAAGUAAUAAUAAUAAUAAUAUGUCGAAGAAAAAUGCAAGCAAUCAACAUCAACAAAAAUGUACGUAUAAUAGGGAUUCAUCUCAUCAUGAUUUGAGUUCAGCAUCAGCAAGAGAUAAAAUACGACCAUUAAAAAGUAUGAGAUAG